AUGGCGCUGGCCGGCGUCUGCAGAGGAACUGCGCGGGGACUGCUCUCUGCAGCAGCGGAACCGGCGCUAGCAGUGGGCUGCCUGCAGCUGGUGCGGGGCCUGGCCACCGGCACCGGCGCCGCCGCUGCUGCCGCUGCCGGCGAAGGAGAGCAGCCCACGCACGUGUUUGAUGACGGCGGCGACAUUGUGGGCACCUACACACCCGUGACCAAGCGGCUGUGGCAGCAGCGCUACAAGUGGACCGACGACAAGCUCGCAGCCGCCGCCCCGCGCGACCCCGCGGCGCAGCUUGUCAAGCCUCCCAAGCUCACGACCGUCGUGUAUCCCUUCUCCAGCGACGAAGUCCUCAGGGAGCAUUAUAAGAACCCCUGGAACACAGUGCGCAUUGCACGCGUGCUGGAGGACCUGGACUCCCUUGCAGGCUUCGUGGCCUAUGAGCACUGCGACGACGGCGACCCCGCCACGCGGCCGCCGCUGCUGGUGACGGCCACCGUGGAGGCGAUUCAGCUCAGCAGCAGCCAGCUCAGCCUGCAGCAUGACAUGGCGAUGCGGGGGCGGGUGGCGUGGACGGGCACCAGCAGCAUGGACAUCCGAAUGGAGCUGGAGCAGGGCGGCAAGCAGCAGCUGACGGCACUGUUCACGUUUGUGGCGCGAGACGCGCUGAGCGGCAAGCCCUUUGCCAUCAACUCUCUGGAGCCUCAGAGCCAGCAGGACAGGGAGCUGUUUGAGCAGCGGCUGCGCAUCAACCAGGAGCGCAAGGCCGCCCGCAAGCGCAGCGCCGGCAGCGGCAGCGGUGGCAAGUUGCAGCAUGUCAGUGCUGAGGCGGAGCGGUGGGCGGAGCAGCUGCUGGCUGCGGCAAAAACCAAACGGGAUCUUCCGGCGCUGGCGGACGCCAACCUGCUGCUGAUGGAUGACACCUCGCUGGAAAACACCUUCACCUGCCAGCCGCAGCAGCGCAACAUGCACGGCCGCAUCUUUGGCGGCUUCCUCAUGCGGCGCGCCUUUGAGCUGGCCCACUCCACCGCCUACCUCUUUGCCGGCUGCCGGCCGCGCACAGGCAAGCGGGGGCGCCCACCCUCUCCCGUCGACCAGAUCACUUUCCAAAGGGCGGUCAACGUGGGGGAUCUCAUCAAGUUCAAGUCGCGGGUCACCCGCGCCUGGGCGCUGCCAGACCAGCCAGGCCAGGGCGUGGUGCACCUCCAGGUGGAGGCCUCGGUCACGCAGCCCGAGCGGCUGAGCAGCGAGGUCACCAACACAAUGAACUUUCUGUUCCAGGUCGACCUGCGCUGCGACGCAGCCGGCCACUUCAUCCCUCCCAAGCAGGUCCUGCCCAGCACAGAGCAGCAAGCGCUGGAGGUGGCGGCCCUGUUUGGGCCCGGCGGCAGGAAGCAGAGCAUUGCACCAGCAGCAGGCAGCCGCGGCAGGGGCGCACCUUAG